UGUUGUUUCCUGCUGGACUCCCCAUGUCCCCACAACCCCACAGGAUGAUAUGAGACUUGAAAGAAGACGAUGCAUACAGGAGGAGAGACUUCAGCAUGCAAACCUUCAUCUGUUCGGCUUGCACCAUCGUUUUCAUUCCAUGCUGCUGGCCUUCAGAUGGCUGGACAGAUGUCCCAUUCGCAUCAGCAGUACAGUGAUCGUCGGCAGCAGAACAUAAAUGACCAACAGGUUUCUGCCUCAUCAUACACUGACCGGAUUCAGCAACCUCUAACAAACCAGAGGCGGAUGCCCCAAACUUUCCGUGAUCCAGCUACUGCUCCUUUGAGGAAGCUCUCCGUAGAUUUGAUUAAAACAUACAAGCAUAUUAAUGAGGUUUACUAUGCAAAAAAAAAACGGCGGCAUCAACAGGGCCAAGGAGAUGAUUCCAGUCACAAAAAGGAGCGUAAAGUUUACAAUGAUGGCUAUGAUGAUGACAACUAUGACUAUAUUGUAAAAAAUGGGGAGAAGUGGAUGGAUCGUUAUGAAAUUGACUCUUUAAUAGGCAAAGGAUCCUUUGGACAGGUUGUAAAAGCUUAUGAUCGAGUGGAACAGGAAUGGGUGGCUAUCAAAAUAAUAAAAAACAAAAAAGCUUUCUUAAACCAAGCCCAGAUUGAAGUGCGACUGCUUGAGCUUAUGAACAAACAUGACACUGAGAUGAAGUACUAUAUAGUGCAUUUGAAGCGCCACUUCAUGUUCCGAAACCACCUCUGCUUAGUCUUCGAAAUGCUGUCCUACAAUCUGUAUGAUUUGUUGCGGAACACCAACUUCAGAGGUGUCUCAUUGAAUCUGACAAGAAAAUUUGCGCAGCAAAUGUGCACUGCACUGCUUUUUCUGGCGACUCCUGAACUUAGUAUCAUUCACUGUGACCUAAAACCUGAGAAUAUCCUGCUCUGUAACCCCAAACGAAGCGCCAUCAAGAUUGUUGAUUUUGGCAGUUCUUGUCAACUUGGGCAGAGGAUAUACCAAUAUAUCCAGAGCCGUUUCUAUCGAUCGCCAGAGGUGCUACUGGGAAUGCCUUACGAUCUUGCAAUUGAUAUGUGGUCCCUGGGGUGUAUUUUAGUUGAGAUGCACACUGGAGAGCCUCUUUUCAGUGGGGCAAAUGAGGUGGAUCAAAUGAAUAAAAUAGUGGAAGUUUUGGGGAUACCGCCUGCCCAUAUCCUUGACCAAGCACCAAAAGCAAGAAAGUUCUUUGAGAAGUUGCCAGAUGGCACUUGGAACUUGAAGAAGACCAAAGAUGGAAAAAGGGAAUACAAACCACCUGCAACUCGUAAACUUCACAAUAUACUAGGAGUUGAAACAGGAGGACCAGGUGGACGUCGUGCUGGGGAAUCGGGUCACACUGUAGCUGACUACUUGAAGUUCAAAGACCUCAUCUUAAGGAUGCUUGAUUAUGACCCUAAGACACGAAUUCAACCUUAUUAUGCCCUACAGCAUAGUUUCUUUAAGAAAACAGCAGACGAAGGUACCAACACAAGCAACAGUGUGUCUACGAGUCCUGCCAUGGAGCAGUCACAGUCUUCAGGAACCACCUCUAGUACAUCUUCAAGCUCAGGUGGAUCUUCUGGAACAAGCAACAGUGGAAGGGCACGGUCAGACCCCACACACCAGCAUCGACACAGUGGUGGACACUUCACUGCUGCUGUUCAAGCUAUGGACUGUGAAACACACAGCCCACAGGUUCGACAACAGUUUCCUCCUCCAAUUGGUUGGACAGCCACUGAAGCUCCUACACAGGUCACUGUUGAAAACCAUCCAGUUCAAGAAACCACCUUCCAUGUAACCCCUCAACAACAGAAUGCAUUACAUCAUCAUCACGGAAAUAGCUCUCACCACCACCAUCACCACCACCACCACCACCAUCAUCAUGGACAGCAAGCCUUGGGUAGCCGGACCAGGCCAAGGGUCUACAAUUCUCCAACAAACAGCUCCUCCACCCAGGAUUCUAUGGAGGUGGGCCACAGUCACCACUCCAUGACAUCCCUGUCUUCCUCAACUACUUCUUCCUCUACAUCUUCCUCCUCUACUGGUAACCAAGGCAAUCAGGCCUAUCAGAACCGCCCAGUGGCUGCUAACACCUUGGACUUUGGACAAAAUGGAGCUAUGGACAUGAAUUUAACAGUCUACUCUAAUCCGCGCCAAGAAACUGGCAUAGCUGGACAUCCAACGUACCAGUUUUCUGCUAAUACAGGUCCUGCUCAUUACAUGACUGAAGGACACCUUGCAAUGAGGCAAGGGAUUGAUAGAGAAGAGUCUCCCAUGACAGGAGUUUGUGUUCAGCAAAGUCCUGUGGCUAGCUCGUGACUAAACUGAAACUAAGUUUGUUUCUUGUGUGUUUUUAUAGAAGUGGUGUUUUUCCAAAAACAAAGUGCAAAGCUGCUUGAAUCAGAAGGAGAUAAACUCACUGAACCGCUACAGGAGGGCAAAGCUGACUAUUUUUUUAGACUUGAAAAGAUUGCAAAGGGACAAUGAAGUUUUUUUGGUUUGUUUUGUUUUUUUUAAGAGCCAUGUCCGGACCCACCUUAACAGAUAGCGUAGUAGUGUUCACCUUUUCUUCCCCCAUCUUAACUUGCCACAACCUAGUCAUAGUUUGCUUUUUUCUUGGGGGGGUGGGAGGGAGGAGAGAAAGAGGGUUCUUUCUUUUUUUUCUUUUUUUUUUUUCAGUCUCAUUCAACAGGGAUUAUUGUUCAAAUGUUAGCUGUAGUUGCAAACUAGUUUAUUUUUAACGGCAUUGCACAUGAUUUACAAAAAGGCCCUUUGAAAUUUUUGGGUGGGAGAGGAGUGAGUAAUAUAUAUAUAUUUUUUUUAGUUCCCCAAACAAACAUGGGCACAGAAAUGCAGUACUGUAAGAAAGAGGGACCUUCAGAUUACACAAAUAUAUAUUCUUCAGUUGUAAAAAGGGACGGUUGUAAUGGAGUUUGUAAGGCACAUUAAGCAUGAUAAGUGGCGGUGAUCAGAACUCUCCUUAUCUGAAUCUACUGAGGAUCAAAGCAGCAAUUGUAAUGGGAUUCUGUGUGUCUCAUAUUUUGGAGACCACAGUCAGUUAGUGUUGAAAUAUGACUGGUUUCAUAACUAAGGUGCACUGAGAAGCAAUCAACGGGUCGGUCCUGGCCAGUCGUGGGGAGGUCUAAGUGGUGGUCUUUGGGAUAACCUUUGGCCUUAUGGAUUUGGACUCUUAAGUUAGAAGAGCCUACCAUUUCAGAUGCAAUCACUUUUGGACAUGCUUUUGCAGACAGUCCUUAAUGCUGAAAACACAGAGAAUGGGUAAUUCAAGAGGCCUUUCUUUUAAAAUAGACUUUUGUGACCCACUUAUUGUAAGGUAUUGCAAGGUCACUUUGCGUGUGUCAUAAAGUUGACUUCCUUAUUGGUUGAAGGUCACAGGAGUAGUGGUUUGCGUUUGAUGGAAAUAGCUACAACUGUGUCCCUUCCCGCUUUUUACUUUUUUCUUUUGCUUUUUCUUGGCACGUGGUUUCUCCACCAUUACUUCUGCACAAAGACGUCUUCUGUUCAUCCUGAACAUUUUUAAAAAUGCAGAAUUUUAUGUGACUGCUUUUUUGCCUCACAAUUAUGCUGUGAAUUUUACAAAAAUUUAUUUUCUUUUUUGAUAAUUUAUUGUACCAAAGCUGUUUUUAUAGCACAUAGAUGUCUGUAACCAAUAAUGUAGCAGUUCUGCACUUUGACACAAGGUGUAACUAGACCAUUUUUAAAUGUCAGUUGAAAAUUAUGGCUGUACUAUUGCUUAAACAAAACUGGAACUGUUGUUGAAUUCAUAGCCAAUACAUUUACAGCAAUCUGUGUACUGAACAUAAUAGAGCGACAUCUACUUCAAGACUAUAACAUCUGUUACAUUAUAAAUGUGUUCAGGCUUCUGAAGGUAAAAGGGACACUAGAUCCAGAAGCUAUGAAACCAGCAGUUUGAUUCUUGUAUUCCUUAUUAACAUAAUUGUAAACUUGAAGGCAAGACCUUGAUUGCAUGAACAGGUCCAAAAUAAUAGUCUGAGUAAAGCAAAACACUCACAUGAGACCUGAGGUUAGCAGGCUGUAUUUAACAGGUGCCUAAUUUUUGGGUAAUGCUGCCUUAAUAUAACACAGUCAGCUUGGCAGUUGCAAAAUUUAUGGGCCCGGUCAGAGAUUUAUUUACAUUAGAAGUAAAAGCUCGGUGAAAAACAUCUGAAAGAAUAAGAGUGAUUCAGUGAUUGCCCAUCCCAGAUUAACACUGUUUGCCCAUUGUAUAUUACAGAAGCAGUGAUCUACCUCUGCCAGCAAGCCCUUUUAAAAGUCAAUUCAGCAGAAAUUCCAGAGUUCAUACUGGUCAGUUCCACGUGGCUAAGUAAUUUUUUUUCAGACUAAAAGGUGGACUUUUUUAUACUUACAGUGGCAGCACAGCAGCUGAAUACCAUGUACAUGAGAACGAUUACUUGGGAUUACCAUUUUUUUGGUAAAUCACGACUUUUUUAACAAGUGAUCCAUAUUUCUUUUCUAUUGACAUGUCAACCCUGUGGAUGAAAGUGGGUUGUUUUUUCCUGAUUUCUUUCUUUUCUUCUUAAACUCAGUGAUUCAGAGAAGUUUACAGGAAUUGGAAGGCUGUCACCUUAAAAACAGGAUGCUGAGUUCAGCAAUAUAAAAAGGAAUCCAGUACUUACUGCUGUCUAGGAAUAUAAGGGUAAUAUGAAAUCUGGGUAUUUUUGUGUGCACGGGUUGCCACACCUUAGCAAGCGCCAAAAAAUGAAGCAGUUAAAAAAAACAAACCUACAUAAAGAAGAAACCACAAAAUCCAGUGCUUCUGCAUACUGUGUUAUGUUACAGUCCAGUUUUGUGUGCUUUACUACACAGUUUGGUUACAGGACUUCUGUGCAUUGUAAACAUAAACAGCAUGGAAAAGGUUAAAUACCUGUGUUCAGAUUGUAAGAUCUAGUCCGGACUUGCUGUGUAUAUUGUAACGUUAAAUGAAAAAGACAAGCCCUUUGUAUUAUAGUCAUGCAGUCUUAUGUAUGAUAAACAGUUGAAUAAUUUGUCCUCAGACUCUUUACUGUGCUUUUUGAAAAAAAAAAAAAAGAAAAAAAAGAAAAAAAAAAAGAGAGUAAUUUAAGAAAAAAAAUGUAAACAUAGUAAAUCUUCCUAUGCAAUUAACCUACUCCAAGCCAUGGUAUGGUAGGUAUGAUUAUACUAUAAUAUGUAAAUAUCAGAUACAUUGAAACAGACUUAAAAAUAUGAAAGUAAAAGUUGGAGGCAUAAUGGAUAAUUUUGAGUUUUUAAUUGAAACAGCAAGGUAUACAAAUCAAUGAUGUAUGAACACAGCUCUGCUUGAUUCUGUUUGACUGUAUUUGUAGUUUGAGUUGUUUAUAUUAUCAUCUGUUAGUUUGAAUGUUCUUAUAUGCACUGCAGCUUUCUACCUAAUACAAGACUAGCUGAUUUUAAGGCCAGAAGUGACCAUGGUAAUGAAAUAUUCUGACUGGCAUGCCAUUAUCCCUAGGAUUCAAUCUAGUUAUUUCUGCAUCAUGGAGCCUGUAUCUUCUGGGUGCAGUAGAACAUACUUUAAAAAACAAAACAAAGCAAAAAAAA